CAGCAGAUGUGCAACCUUGUUAUUUUCUUUGUUAGAAUUCAAACGGUGUGAAACUAAGUGGGUUAUUUUAGUUGCUCUGUACAAACCACAGGCCACAGAGGAAAUGUGACUUCACUGGCAGCGGCCAUUAGUGCUGUAGAAUCAUUUAUGAUCAUCAUUUAUCACUUCAUGAAGACGUGAAGACAUCAUAAAAAUAGAUGGAAGGAAAAGCCAUGCAUUGGACUGCAGUGACCGAGUUACUUGUCGCAUUUCUCUCCGUAUCAGGGGUCAGGGGUCAGAAUGGCUGGAGCGUGACCUACUCUUCCUCACAGAUCUGCACCAUAAAAGGCUCAACGGUGGAUUUGAAAUGCAACUACACACAUCCAGACACAGUGGGGGAUACAGUUAUAGAAGUUAGAAAACUAAUAUGGUACACCAAAGGGGAUAAUUAUGCUCCUGUGGAUCUGAAAGAUGACCAAGAUUACGCAGGUCGCAUCAAGUAUAAACAUGGCUGCACCGUGGCUAUCAGGGACGUGAGAGAGAGUGACUCUGCUGUCUACAAGUUCAGGUUCAUAACAAAUCACCAAAAUGGAAAAUACACCGGUUCGCCAGGGGUCACUUUGUCAGUCUCUGCCGUCGAGCUGCAAGUGAUCAAAUGGGAGCACAAACAGAGCGGUACUCUGGCAGAGAUGACGUGCAAAAGCAAAUGUCUGUCUGACCUACAUCCUUACAUCUGGGUCAAGAACGGGCAGGACGUUUUGACGCAGACCUCCUCGUCUUUUUCAUACACGUUUUCUGACGCCGACCGCAUUUCUUGCGCUGCAGCAGGACACAGGAAUUUCCCGUCUCCGUCAGUGUACAUGCCGAAUCUUCCCUCUGUGUCGAUGAGUUCCUCUGGUCACAUUGUGGAGGGCGACCCAAUAAAUCUAACUUGUUCUAGUGAUGCUAAUCCAGCAGCUACAUACACCUGGUACAAGAAGGACACUUCUGGUCCUAUCAGCAAAGGCUCACAACUCGUCUUCAAGUCUAUCCAAUCCUCUGACUCUGGAGAAUAUUAUUGUAAAGCUCAGAACGUCCUGAGAAUAAAGGCAUCUAAAGUCGUCUUUAUUGACGUAAAAUACGCACCAAGGCUUCCUUCUGUGGCAUUAAGACCCUCUGGUGAAGUAGUGAGGGGAACCUCAGUGAACCUGAUUUGUUCCAGUGAUGCUAAUCCAACAGCUGAGUACAUCUGGUUCAAGAAGAACAAUCCUGAGCCUCUAAGCAACGACUCGCAACUCGUCUUUGAGUCUAUCCAGUCGUCUGACUCUGGAGAGUACUACUGCACAUCAGAGAAUAUGCUGAACCAAGUGACAUCUGAAGGCAUGUUUAUUGAUGUGAAAUAUCCACCAAGCUUCCCCAUUGUUUCACGUAGUUUUUCAGGUGAAGUAGUGGAGGGAGACUCAUUGACUUUGGCUUGUAGCGCUGAUGCUAAUCCAGCAGCUACUUACACCUGGUACAAGGAGCAUGAAGCCAAUCCUCUCAGCAAAGGCCCAAAACUAGUUUUCAGGUCUGUUCAGUCGUCUGAUUCUGGAAAAUAUUUCUGCGCAGCCGAGAACGUUCUCAAAAGGAUGACGUCGGGCAGCAUCUUAAUCGACGUGGAAUAUGCUCCAAACCUUCCCCGAAUCUCGUUGAGUGCGUCUGAAAUCAUGGAGGGCAUUUCACUGACGCUGAGCUGCAGCAGUGAUUCAAACCCAGCAGCUAAUUACACCUGGUUCAAAGAAAAAGAGAAAAUGCCUCAAAGUUCUGGACAAAAUCUCACCAUCACAAAUAUUGGCCGACAGCACAGUGGACUUUACUUCUGCGAAGCUCACAACAGCAGAGGAAGUCACAAAUCUGCCAUACAUCUUACUGUUGCUGCAAGGAACAGAAACAUGACAUUCAAGAUGAUGAACAUCACAAAGUUGGCUGCAGCCGCACUGCUGCUGCUGACUCUUCUGUUUGUUGUUUCUCUUUGGACGAGGAAGAAGAAACCAACUGAUGUAAAAACUGAAUCGAAGGAACAUGUGGAGAACAUAGAGCUGGACUUGUGUCCUGAAUAUGAGAACAUCUCAACCUUGAGAUCCUUUAUUGCAUCACAUGAGGAGAGAGAGAAGCAAACCAACCCAACGUGAAAUCAAGUCAAGUUAAAACUUCAUGGGUAGAUGGACAGGAAUCAAAUUCAUGAUAAAAUGAGAUCUGAACAAAACAACGACGUCUGAUGGCAGAAAUAAGCAUUUUCAAACAUU